GCAGGAAAUGCCUGCUUCUUUCCACCUCGGUCAGUGAAAGAGAGUAUUGCACACUUGCACCAACACUUCAUCUGCCCAUUUGAUUGUGCAUUUCCGAGGUUGCUUAUUCUCCUAACCUCCACCCACCAGUGUGUGUACUAUGCUUAUAAGGGUUCAGUCUUUAAACACUGGCACCACCGUUCCCUUCACAGCCUGGCCAGCAGCAGCCGUGAGAAUCCCAUCCACAUCUGGGACGCCUUCUAUGGAGACCUGCGGGCUACCUUCCGGCCGUACAACCACUUGGAUGAGCUGACAGCCGCUCACUCCCUCUGCUUCACACCCGACGGCUCACAGCUCUACUGUGGCUUCGACAAGAUGGUGCGGAUCUUUGAGACUUCUCGCCCAGGCCGGGAAUGUGAGAAGAGGCCGACCAUGACAAAGAAGCAGGGCCAAACGGGCAUCAUCUCGUGCAUCGCCUUCAGCCCCGAGCAGGACCUGUACGCCUGUGCCUCCUACUCGAAGACGGUGGGGCUGUACGCCCGAGACGAGGGGACUGUGCUGAGUAUCCUGCAGGGCCACCAGGGAGGGGUGACGCACGUGGUGUUUUCACCCGACGGGAACCUGCUGUACUCCGGGGGCCGGAAGGAUCCAGAAAUCCUGUGCUGGGACAUCCGACAGCCUGGGAAAGUGCUGUUCUCCAUGUUGCGCUCAGCAACCACUAACCAGCGAAUGUACUUCGACGUGGAGCUUUACGGCCGCUACAUCGUCAGUGGCAACACGGAGGGUUCGGUUUCCGUGUGGGAUGCCACACAGCCGCCAGACGGCUCUGUGCUCGACCCAGUCCUGCAGUUCCACACACAGCAAGACUGUGUGAACGGGGUUGGCUUUCACCCCUACCUGCCCUUGUUGGCCACGGCCUCGGGCCAGCGCAAGUUCCCAGAGCCAACGGAAAGUGAAGAUGAAGGCGACGGAGUCCUGAUGACCCACCGUUACACCAGGGCCGAGAACUGCAUCAAGCUGUGGCUGUGCUCGGCUGCGGGAGGCAACAGGAGCGGCUUGCAGCCCGAGACUUCUGUGCUGGACAUGCAGUGACACCAAGUCCGUUACUGCCCCUCCCUCCCCAUCCUACCCUGCCCCCCCUUCCCUGUCCUCCCCUCUCUCUCCCGUCCUACCCACCUCCCCACCUCCCCGGACAGGCAGCAUCUAUUGAGAGAAAUGUGAACAGCAGGCAUCUUCAUCUGGUCCAGAAACGUCUAACUGACCAUUUCUCCCUGGCACGUUGAGUUAGUGGGAUUUUGCAUGAUGCUCCAUGUACCAGUGUCUGUAUAUUGUUAUGUAUCCUUAACCUUACCCUCACCCGCACCCCAUUUUUCCAGCCUCCCCGGUCAUCUCACUGUGGGAGUUCCACGUGCUUCCCCACUCGGACUGAAUCAGGAUCUAUUCUAGUGAAAGGAUCCCCUUCUCCCCCUUACCCACCCCCACCCCAGCAAAACC